AUGCCGUUCCUCAAGCUGCAGGACCGCGACCGGCAGCUGUACUACAAUUUUGCGGCUCCCCAAAAUGCAGCCUCAGACUCCACUAAGAUAACCACCCUCGUCCUCAUUCACGGCUUGGGUUCGUCCAGCUCCUUUUAUGCUCCUGUUAUCCCGAGGCUCGUCGAAGCGGGAUACUCCUGUCUGGCACUCGACUCUCAUGGCUCCGGUUUGACCAAGUUAACUGGCGAGGGCGGCAGUAUCGAUACCAUCAUUGACGAUGUAGGAGCCGCCAUAUCAGCUCUCAACAUCCCGCCCAGUCGCGCCGUGAUAGUUGGUCAUUCCAUGGGCGGCCUCGUAGCCCCCGAAGCCACGCUCCGCUACCACUUCGCCGGCACCGUCCUGCUCGGCAGCAUCUUCCCUAAUGAAGCCCUCACAACGAACCUCAAAGCGAGGAUCGUCAAGGUCCAGCAAGAUGGAAUGGAUGCUCUGGUAGACGCGAUUCCCAAAGUCGGCACAGCACCGACAUCCACGCCCCUCCAGCGCGCAUUCAUCCGCGCUCUGCUCCUCGCCCAGACCCCAGAGGGCUAUAUUGCGAAUUGCAAAGCUGCGUGCAAUGCCUCUACUCCUGAAUAUGCGAGCAUCAAGACGCCGCUCUUGUUCGUGGUGGGUGCUCAAGACGUCGUGUGCCCGCUUACGGUCUCGAAGAAGAUAUACGACGACUGGGGCUCUGCGGAUAAGCAUCUGAAGAUACUUGACGGAACCGGUCACUGGUACUGCAUUGAGGCGCCCGAAAAGGUUGGCGAUGCCAUUGUUGAGUUUACGGAUGGUCUAAAAGUGGAAUAA